AUGACCUCUUCCGACGUCCGUGAUGUGCUAAAUCUGGGUGAUGGCGUAUCGGGUCCGAGGCCGAGCAAGAAGCAAAAGAUUGCUGCACCAAGGCCAAACUUGAAGGGUUUGGCUCGUGAGGUACACAAUCUGGGGGGCGAUAACCCCAUUGCUAUUGUCCCUGAAGUCACACAUUUCAAGAAGCGACGCUUUGCAAGUCGCAAACCUGCAGCGAGAUGGGAGAUGCGAUCGUUCAAAAACUCGGCGCGUACGGAUUCGGAUUUCACUUUGCGGCACUGGAGGAGGAAGGAUGAGAAGCAAGAUGGUAGCGACGUAUUACCGGAACAAACGAGCCAAGGAGAACAGCCACAACUAUUUAGAGAUGGAACAGAGGACUCUGCGUUUGCAAAAUACAACGUGCAGGUCUCAGUCCCGCAGUAUAGCGAAGGCCAGUACCAGCAGUCAUUACAACACAAUGACUGGACCAAGGAGGAAACGGAUUACCUGCUAGAGUUGGCGCGCGACUUUGACCUUCGAUGGCCUCUAAUCUGGGACCGCUACGAAUGGAAUCCUCCCGCGACGAACGGAGAGGCUGACGCCGAUGGUGACGAGAGCAAGGCCAUCGUUCCAGCAACAAGGCCACGUUCUCUGGAAGACCUCAAAGCAAGAUACUACGAAGUCGCCUCCAAGAUGAUGGCAGCGCAAAAGCCUGUGCAGUAUAUGACACAGCCCGAAUUUUCUUUGCAUGAACUCAUGGCGCAUUUUAAUCCACAGCAAGAGAAGUUAAGAAAGGAGUUUGCGCUCAACGCAUUGACCCGGUCGCGCGAAGAAGCUCGUGAAGAGGAAUCGCUCUUGCUGGAGAUUAAGCGUAUUCUGGCACGUAGUGAGCGGUUCAAUGAAGAGCGUCGCGAGUUAUAUAAUCGUCUCGAUUAUCCUCGGGCGGACACUGAUAUCAACGCCUUCAAAUCUUCUGCUGGCUUGCAGAACCUUCUUCAAAACCUAAUGACUGCCGACAAGUCCAAGAAGCGCAAGUCGUUGAUGCCUGGCGAUGGUACCAGCCCUUCUGGCACCGCACCACCGCAAACGGCGGCUGCUGCAUCUACCGCAGCAACCGCCGCCGCCGCAGCGCAAGAAGCUGGGAGGCGGGAAAGCACAGCUGCAUCCACAGGGCCUCGCGAUUCAACUGGACCUGCGGCUACACCGACAGCCUCGAACAACAAAAAGGGUCAACAACAGCAACAACAGGAGCGCCGUAAGCUUUCGACACAGGAGGAGCUAUUAUACGGCGUGACACAUCAUGAUCGAUUAGGCUCUGGACCGACUUUCCGAACUGAGAGAAUCAACAAACUGUUCUCGCACAAGUCUAAUCAGCAACAGAACCGCAUCACAAAUGUUCUCAACGAACUGGACGUGCCUAACAAACUUGCCAUGCCGACCGCGGCUACGACACAUCAGUACGAACAGCUCCUUGCGGCUGUCAAUAGUCUGCUUGAUGCCCGCAAGGUAUCGGACAAGCUUGAUGCCGAGAUCAAAGUUGAACAGGCCAAAAAAGCAGAACGGCAAAAGGCUAUGGCUCCCCCUGAAUCUGAUUCCACCGUCGAAAAGGACAAAGCAGGCCAGGAAACAGGGGCCGGCAUCAACUCAGAGGCAGGAGAUGCUACUGGAGCGACGGCCGGGAAAGCAGAUGGCGACGUCACAUCUGCACCCGGAGAUGCAAACAAGGAUGCCUCAGAAACGACAGUCCCUGCUAUUGAGGCCUCGGACGCCUCGAGCAAAGAAACAGAACUGCUCAAUGAAAACGACAAGGACGGGCGUCCUGGUAGCAGCGGUGCCGCGCACAAGAGAAGUGCCAGCGUUCUGAGUAGUGUCAGCGAUAAGAGCAAUAAAAGACAGAAGAAGUAG